ACGUGGCUGUAGUUUUACGCUUCUCAGGCCCUGGUAUAGAAACUGAUUGCAUGUAGCUAAAGGUGAACAUGGCUUAUGUGUCAGAAAGAACUCUACAUGUUGCAAUACUCAUUUCGUUUGCAUCAGGAUUCCUUGCUGGUUGGCAAGCGAACAAAAUUAGAAGAAAGUUCCUAGACUGGAGAAAGAAAAGACUACAGGAUAAGCUGGCAGAAACACAGAAGAAGUUGGACUUGGCGUGACAUGCUUGGAUUUUAUAUGGGCUGCGGACUACCACCCGUCUCUAGUCAUAUCAUGGAGUUCCCGGUCCAGUGGGUCGGAGCCGAGUGAAGGACCGUCACCGAAUAACUGCGUCUCCAGACACAACGCUGAAAAUACGUGACGCACAGUAUCAUUGAAUACGAUCGGUAUUAGGGAAGGACGCUGGUUCAAAACCCAUGCCCGGCGUAGGGAUUUCACCGCUGGGCCCUUGAGUAAGGCCCUUAACCCCAGAUACUCCACGGACUUCCUAACUCUGCCUUUGGAUAAAAGCGUCUGCUAAAUAAAUGUAAUGUUUUCUUAAAUUGUAUUUUAAGUACAAAUAAAAAUGUCGUUUUGUUGUGCUGCAAGACAAACUGAAUGAAAACAAAAUGGACUGGUAAACCUUUUUGCAAUGUAUGUCACAGGGGAAAUAUUACAAUUAAAAAGAGAUCUAAAAGUAAAUCUAAAUAAAAAUAGAAACAAUA